CCGGCGGCGGCAGCAGCAGCAGCAGCAGCGACCACAGCCCGGGCCAACGCCUCGCCGCAGACACGCGCAGGGAAUGAGAAGGCGCCCAAGAUGGUCCGCAUCGCCAAGGCCCUGGGUCUGGUGAUCCUGUGCGUGGCCGUGCUCAUCCUGUCGCUCAUCAGCUACGUCUCCCUGAGAAAAGACAGCCUCUUCUCCUCCUCCAAAUAUUACAUGGGAGGCCCGAGGAUCAUGUUUCACGCGGGCUUUCGGUCGCAGUUUGCCAUGAACUUCCUGGACCCAUCUUUUAUCCCCUUAACUAGCGCCCUGAAUGAGGAGCUGCAAGGAAAACCAUCCAAAUGGAAGUUCAACAAGACGGCGUUUUACCAGCAGAGGAAAGAUAUCUUCAGCUACAUUGACAUUCCCAACAACUUCUCCCUCACAAAGAACAGCGUUCGCGUUGGCCAGCUGAUGCACUUCGACUACUCCAGCCACAAGUAUGUCUUCUCCAUCAGCAACAACUUCAAGUCGCUGCUCCCAGAGACGUCCCCCAUCCGCAACAAGCACUACAGCAUGUGCGCCGUGGUGGGGAACAGCGGCAUCCUGACGGGCAGCCACUGCGGCCCGGAGAUCGACCAGGCCGACUUCGUCUUCCGCUGCAACUUCGCCCCGACGGAGGUCUACUCCAAGGACGUGGGCAGGAAGACCAACCUGACCACCUUCAACCCCAGCAUCCUGGAGAGGUACUACAACAACCUGCUGACCAUUCAAGACAGGAACAACUUCUUCCUCAACCUGAAGAAGCUGGAGGGGGCCAUCCUGUGGAUCCCCGCUUUCUUCCUUCAUACCUCAGCCACCGUCACCCGGACCCUGGUGGACUUCUUUGUGGAGCACAAGGGUCAGUUGAAGGUGGAGCUGGCCUGGCCCGGGAACAUCAUGCACGACGUCAACAAAUACUGGAAGACGAAGAACCUUGCUCCCAAGCGUCUCAGCACCGGGAUCCUCAUGUACACGCUGGCCUACGCCAUGUGCGACGAGAUCCACCUCUACGGCUUCUGGCCCUUCGGCUGGGACCCCAACACAGGCAAGGAGCUGCCUUACCACUACUACGACAAGAAGGGGACCAAAUUCACCACCAAGUGGCAGGAAACCCACCAGCUGCCCAGCGAGUUCAAGCUGCUGUACAAGCUGCACCGGGACGGCGUGACCAAGCUCAGCCUCACGCACUGCUCCUAGGCACCCGGCCGUCGGGAUUCCAUCCAUCACCUCACUCCACACUUCUGUUGUGA